AUGCGUCACGGUGCGGUUGUAGAAAGAAGAGAAGAAGACGCAAUAGAUGCUUUCUGUCCAGAAAGUGUUUCAGGUUUAAACUGGUUUCCAGAAGUGAAAUAUUGCAUCCAGAAAACAGGGCAUGAGCUAGGAGCUUCAAGUCUCUUAGAUAGAAAAUGGGAAGAAGUGCAUCAAUUUUUUUCCGAUAUGACAAAGGUUGUUUGCGGGAAUGUAGAAGUUUAA